AUGGAACUUACAGAUAUACAACUAUUAAAAAUAAAAAGUUCCAUUUUUAUGGAUGAAGAUAGUUCUCCUAUUCUAAUAGAUACAAAUAAGAUAAAAAAAAAAGACAAAAAAAAGAAAGAAAAGAUUAAGUAUAAAACUCGCGUUAAAUGGACACAAAAAGAAAUAGAACUGUUGAUUAAUGGAAUAAAUACAUAUGGAUUAUCUAACUGGUCAAAAAUUAUGAAUUCUUAUAGUUUUCCAGAAUAUAGAACAAAUACCAGUUUAAAAGAUAAAUAUAGAAAUUUUAAAAAAGUUUUCAUAAUAGAAAAGGAUUAA